AUGCCACCCAAAGUACAGAAACCCCAGAACUGGACGUUCACACUGAUCCAUGCGACAAUCUCCGAGAGACGCCACCGUGAGAAAGACUGGUUAUGCACCUCCAGCGUCGAAAAUGCCGUCCUAAACUUGAAACAGGAGAUACUUCUCGCAGAUGCUAUGGGAUCCCGAGGCAAUGCCAACAGAGAACCAAACCAUGUUCUCAUUGUGCCGAGACAGGGGGCGCAGGCUCUCAAGCUCGGUCUUGGAAGUCGAGAUGGAGCUAUUCCAAGAGACGCCGACUACAUGCUGGGCUACUGCCCCGGGGCCAAUAUCUUGGUCAUUAGAGAGAGCCUUCGUAGCGUCGAUCAACAGAUCCGUCUAAGAUUCAAAAGCCAGAGUGAUAAAGACCAAGUACUAGGUCUUUUUCAAAGUCUCGGCUUUCAGGCCAGACCGAUGCAAUCAUCUCGUCGCCAGCCCACUCCACUGCAGCAAUUUCGGUCAUCCUCGGUUGCAGGCGACUUUCAAACUUCUGCUGCGACCCAGCCCUACUCCUCGAGGCAUAAUGCAAGUGCGAUGCGACAAGAAUACCAAGGUCGGCUGGGUUCGCCUCCGGGGGCACAAUUUUCUUCGGAAGGAAGCCACUCGAUACCUCGAGCCAGCAGUGUAGCUGUGCAGACGUACCGGCCUUCAACGUCCGUCAGUCAACGCGCAGGGUCUGUUCACCAGUCUUCAAAUGGAUUUGAAAAACCUUACACCUUCAGCCGAUCUCGCACUGCAUUCACAGAGAUGCCAAAUGAAUACGCAUCGCAAACAGCUCCGCCGAAUACAGAGUACAGGUUCGCGGUCUCUACACCUUCAACGAUUUUCCAACGACGGCCAUCAGUACGCCCACCGCCAGCUUCGCAAGACUUCCAUCAUUGGAAUCUCAGCCCAUCAACCGAUGAAGUCACUUUCGCCAAGUAUGACGAACGAACAACAAGGCCUCGCUCUAGCACCCAGAUUCAAGACAUGCUUCCUCCCCGCCGUCAGCUUCCAUUCUCAGUCGGAAGUAGGGCAGAUAAAGAGGCCCCUGAAAUGAGUAUUACGCAAAUGGGUACCACGCAUUCAGGGACUCCAGAGCCCAACCAAGACUCCCAGGGUGUGAUUAAAGAGGGAAAAAUCCUCAGACCUCAUACAUCGGAAAUCGAACCCGCUAAAGUCCAAGGAUCGGCGGAGCGAGGCAACGGAGCUCAGACGACCAGGAUCAACUUCGUCAAGAGAAAAGAAGCUGGUAUGAUUGACAAUCCAUCUUACAAGAAGCAAAAGUGUUCUUCCCAGACGACGUUGAUUUCCACAUCACCGAUCCCGCUGCCAGCCAUUUCGUCUGCUCAUUUCCAACGCAGAGCACUGUCACGGGCUCCAGGCCUAGCUACCAGGCAUGAACAACAGCCAUCGUCAGAAGCUAUUGAGAAUGGUGGUAUCAACCAAGAGGUAAAAGAUGCGGUUGAUUCUGCAUCGGUGAACAAAGCGCAAUCUGCAGAGACUGAUGUUGUGAGACACGCCCAAGGUACAAUUGGCAGAGGGUCGUCUAGUGUGGAUGCGCCUCCGACGAUGUCGGUGGUAGGAGUCGACCAGGCUCCACCAAUCCGUGCCAUGGUACCAGUACAGUAUACAGAUAGAGUCGACGCCAGCCUCGAUUCGCCACGGCCGGUAUUGACGAAUAUGGACCAUAGCACACAGACUGAACCUACUCCCUCUGGCUCCUCGGAAAAGACGGAAGAACUUUUCAUCGCAAGAUUCAAAUUGAUGUGGGACAUCAGAAACUUACACCAAACAUCUUUUCAUCGUUUGCUCGACACUUCCAAGCCAAAUGAUCGCAUAGACGAAAACAGGAUUUUGGAAGAUUUAGAGCAAGGUGCUAUCGAUCUCUGCCAGGUCGCGAUUGACCGCUACGGUCCUGAAGUGGGUGACAUACCGUAUGAGAAGCUCCUGAAAGCUAUCAUGGGUCCGAGAUACUGA